AUGGCUCGCACAAAGCCCAAAUCGACCCUCGAGCCCUCGCGCAACCCUCCCACCCCCUCCCUCUCCUCGACCUCCUCCUCGUCCUCCUUCUCUCGCCCUCAGCAACCCGAACUCGUCCCCGUACGCCACUACCUCCCGCGCGUCCCCUUGCAACUCUUCGCCGUCGCCUUCUCCCUCGUCGCCGCAUCCACCUCGCAGGACAAGCACCUCGCCGCACCCGCCCGCUUCCUCCAGGCCCUUCACCGCGAGCCCCUCAAGACCCUCCCCGUCGUGUGCGCCGCACUCGCAGCCAUCCAGACCUGGUUCGCCUACUCGCUCCGCUCCAACCGCAUCGCCAGCCUCGCCCGCCUCAACCACAAGGGCACCGACGCACCCGCUCCCGCUCCUUCUCGCGCCGCCGCCGCGAGGGGCACCGGCUUCCGCGGCAGCCUUGCCACCAUGUGGGACGCCGCCAUGAGAGGAGAGGCGCCCACAGAGGCCCUCUGGAAGAAGCGAGCACUGCGCAGGGGCGCCCACGCCAAGGCCGCCAUCGACACGAGCUUCGUCGGCGAGGCCAUCAUGGUCACCUGGCUCGGCACCCUCGCCAUCCACGCCUGCACCGUCCUCCUCGGCGCGCCCCUCACCUCCAACCUCACGUCGACGUACCUCUUCUCGCUCCUCGUGUCGAUCCUCGCCAUCCUCCCGCUCGCCAUCGCCCUCCCGCUCUCGGACACCUCGGCGCGCUUCGUCUGGCUCCGCCUCGCCUCGACCUUUACCCCGACCGACGACCUCGAGCUCGCCCUGUUCGCGCCCGCGCUCGGCACGCUCGUCGGGGCCUGGCUCGGCGCCGUGCCCAUCCCGCUCGACUGGGACCGGCCUUGGCAGCAAUGGCCCACGACGCCCGUCCUCGGCGCCCUCGCCGGCCACGCCCUCGGGUCGCUCGUCGCCCUCGCGCGCAUCGCCUACGGCGGCGUCGUGCGCGCUGCGGUCGACGUGCUCGAGGAGGCCGGGCAGCAACAGCAGCAGCAGCAGCAGCGGGGUGCGCAGCAGGGGCAGGGGCGGGAGGGAGGGAGGAGGAAGCUCAAGGGGCAGUAG